UGAAUCCUUUCUACAAAGUUUCUCCAUUCCAGAAUGUACCUCUCACAACACGUGCGGGGCUUGCGACACUUUUUGCAUGUCUUUGGCGCCGUUUUUACAACACUAACAAUAUACCACUCGAUCUUUACACGGACUUGGACGACUAUUUGAAUAGUUCCCAUGACUUCGCAUACAUGGACAACUACAAGCUUUCACUGUUAUAUCGCACAGAAAAGGAGUCCUCAGGGUGUUUCAGUUGAUCCAAUUGAUAUCUGGACAGGACUAUUGCAUCCCGGUUCAGCACGUCGACCACUUCAUACUAUUGCCCAGCGUCUUCUCUCAAUCUGCCCAAAUUCUGCCUCUUGUGAAUGCCUUUUUAGCAUGUUUGGUGCAAUUCUCACGAAAUGGCGAAAUCAGCUCUCAACUGAGACACUCACCCUUCUGGCAGAACUCAAGAUGUAUGUUCACGAAGAGCAUGUACGCAAUGACGUGGUCAAGAAGCGGCUUCGAUGCCGGCACUGCAACACCGAGGACACUGACAAGGCCGAGCCUACUCAAAUAGUCCAUGCAGUUGGUGGUGAUCUAUUGGGAGAAAGCAGUGAACGAGAGCCACGCAGCCUUGCUUUCGAGAGGCGAGGGAUAAGUGAUGUUGCAGCAGACCUUAUCCGAGCUGUUCAGGAGGAGGAGGAGAUUUCUGCCACAGAAACAAUGCACUCAGUCCCCGUCAGCGCUGCUGGUGGUUCAUUCUCUCACAUUGCUAUCAAAGACUUACUCGACUAUUCUCAUGCGGAGGAAUGGCUGGGAUCUUUUUAUAAAGUCGCCAUUCGAGGUUUAGAUGCUGAGCUUGAGUUGUACGAGCUUCUUGACUUGGAUGCAGAGGGAGUUGAUGAUCCAGACUUUCCUCAAGCUGACGAUGUUCUUGACGAGUAGAUUCAGAAAUAAGUAGUACUACCAGAUGAUAUGUAGAAGGGAAUACUGUAGAGCUACGACACUAGCUUCGUCACGUGCAGCGUGUGAUUAUGUC